AUGUCUUUAGCCAAGCAAGUUCCUUUCGGUAAUACAGGUAUCAAGAUAUCACCAAUCAUCAUUGGUUGUAUGUCUUAUGGUACUAAGUUCUGGUCUGAAUGGGUCGAAGAAGAUAAGGAAAAGGUUUUUACCAUUCUUAAACAUUGUUACGAUAGUGGUUUGCGUACAUUUGAUACUGCUGAUGUCUAUUCCAACGGUAUGAGUGAAAGAUUAGUUGGUGAAUUCUUAAAAAAGUACAAUAUUAGAAGGGAGACUGUCAUUAUUAUGACUAAAGUUUUUUUCGCUACUGACGAAGCUCUACCUCUUUCUGCUGACAGAGCUAAUAGAGAUGCUUCUAUUCAAUUGGAUUUAGUUAAUAGUGAAGGUUUAUCACGUAAACAUAUUUUAGAUGCAGUUAAGAAUUCAGUUGAGAGAUUGGGAACUUACAUUGAUGUUCUCCAAAUCCAUAGAUUUGAUCCUCAUACUCCAAUUAAGGAGACCAUGAGAGCCUUAAAUUACGUUGUAGAAAGCGGUGAUGUCAGGUACAUAGGGGCUUCAUCUAUGUUACCUACUCAGUUUGUUGAGAUGCAAUUAACCGCAGACAAAUAUAACUGGCACCAAUUUGUUAACGUCCAAUCAUGUUAUAAUUUGUUAUAUAGAGAAGACGAAAGAGACUUGAACCAAUUCUGUAAGAAGCAUAACAUUGCCUUGACUCCAUGGUCUCCCCUACAACGUGGUGUUCUAACAAGACCAGUUAACAACACAAAUACCACUAGAUUUAAGGCCGAUAGAUUAAUUGAAGUCAGACAUUUGGAUACUUUAGAAGACAAUGAAGUUCAAAUAGUUAACCGUGUUGAAGAAUUAUCUAAAAGGAAGAAUGUCACUAUGGCUGCAAUCGCGACUGCUUGGUCCAUUGCUAAGGGUUGUACACCUAUUUUAGGGUUAAGUUCCACUGAAAGAGUAGAUGAUGCGUUACAGGCUUUAAACGUUAAGUUGUCUUCUGAAGAUAUUGACUACUUAGAAGAACCAUACAAACCAAAAAACUUUAUGUUUUAA